UGUAGUUUAUUGUAACACGUGGAAAUCUGUAGUAGACUGAAACCCAUGCUUUAUUUAUUUAUUUGACAGUACAAAGUGGGUUCCCGGUCAAUCGGUCACAAUGGUUGAGCCAAAAUUCAAGGGGGAAAGCUCCAUAAAUCCCUCAAACUCCAGCAGCAAUCCCGUUAAGGGAGCUGGAGGUAACAACAUGAGGGACCGCGCCACCAUCAAACGCUUGAAUAUGUGCAGACAGAAGCAGAGAUGCAACAAUCGAGGUAAGGUGAUCAAGCCCCUGCAGUACCAGAACACAGUUGCUCCUGGGACUGUUGCCAGAGUUGAGCCCAACAUCAAGUGGUUUGCCAAUACCCGCAUCAUCAAGCAGUCAUCCUUGCAAAAAUUCCAGGAAGAGAUGAAUGCAGUAAAGAAAGAUCCUUACAGAGUAGUGUUGAGACAGAGCAAGCUACCCAUGUCAUUGAUGCAUGACCGAAUCAAAGCACAUAACUCCAAGGUGCACAUUCUGGACAUCGAGACUUUUGACAUCACGUUUGGGCCUAAGGUACAAAGAAAGAGACCCAGCUUGUCUGUGGGGGAGCUAAAGGAAUUUGCUGAGCAGGCAGAUGUCUCAGCUCAGAGCUACAGUGCUGAGAAAGACCGUGACCUGGUGACUGUGGACAGUGGACUUCUUCAUCGGGACCCUAUGGGCACCCAUUCUCAGAGCAUUGAGACCUACCUGAAGAAAGAGAAAUCUUGGAAACACCUCAUCUUUGUGCUUAAUAAGUGUGACCCCAUUCCCACUUGGGUCACGAAACGCUGGGUUGCUGUGCUGUCGCAGGAAUACCCCACUCUGACAUUUCACGCUAGCCUUACCAACUCCUUUGGCAAAGGUUCCCUUAUCCAGCUCCUGCGGCAGUUUGGCAAGGUCUGGCAGUAUAUCACACUAAUGAGGCGCAUUUUCCUGAUUGACUGCCCUGGCGUCGUCUACCCCUCCGAAGACAUUGAGACUGACAUUGUGCUGAAAGGAGUGGUUCAAGUGGAGAAGAUCCGAAACCCAGAGGAUCACAUCAGUGCAGUGCUGGAGAGGGCAAAAGCAGAGUACAUCCAGAAGACAUACCGCAUUCCGUCCUGGAGCUCUGCCGAGGACUUCCUGGAAAAGCUGGCCUUUCGCACCGGAAAACUGCUUAAGGGUGGAGAGCCAGACCUGCCCACUGUCUCUAAAAUGGUUUUGAAUGAUUGGCAGAGGGGAUGCAUCCCCUUUUUCGUAAAGCCCCCUGGAGGCGAGAUGGAUGAAGAAGUAAAUGGAAAUUGCUCCUACUACCUCAAAAUAUAUUACAGAAGUUCCCAUAAAUUAGGCAGAAAGAGGAAAGCUUUGGAAGUUGAGGAGCCUGCGCAGCCUACCAAGCUCAAAUCUAAAGAGAAAAGAAGACUGGAGAGUGCCCAGAAAGUGAAGAAAGUGGGCGUUCGCUAUUAUGAGACGCACGACGUCAAGAAUAAGAACAGAAAAAUGCCCUCAGAUGGCAAGAGAGCCAAACGAGCCAAGCGAUAAGACC